CUUCCAUUCUAUAUUUUCAGGGCUUUCAUAUCUAUAGUUCUGUUAUCGUGAUGUCAACUGUGUAUUAUACAGAUCAUUGACGUUUUGGAAUAGUUGGCUCAACCUGCUGUAUACCAAAAGAAAUAGAAAAAUCCAAAGUUAUUUUUAAGAAAGCAUGCAUGGAGUACCCACAGCCAAAAAGUUCGCUAGCAGUUUUGAUUGGGGCAUACAGAGCGUUAAUUAAACCUAGCUUUUUGUUACUGAAGCAUGCGUGCAUUUUGACACAGAAAAGGAAAGGAUAUAUACCUCUUUCUUCAUAUAGGAGAAGCAAGAACAAUACAUUAUGUUACCUCACAAAGAUUUGGCCAACAGUUGGCUUGUUGCUGCCAUUCUCAUCAUCAAAUGGUCCAGCAUUAUAUUACAGCGCACGACAAGUAGAGCGACGAUGUGACAACCGGCCCGUAUCUGAUUGCAUAUCUUUGCUCGUGACCUUGACAGCUAUGCUGGUUACUCGUAUCCGUUUUAUAAAUAUGCAAUGCAAUCACGGUCCUGCAACCACAAGUUCAGUUAAAUUUCAGUUGAAAUCGUACGUGCUCUCGAAUAAUAAAUCUGCAGUGAAACGUUAUGAAUUUGUCGUACUAUAUAUCCGCUGGCAGGAGAAGACGGGCUACUUCUUCUGCCUGGAGGACCGCGCCCUGCUGUGCCGGCCCUGCGACGUCGCCGUCCACGCCGCCGGCGCCCACGUCGCAUCCCACCGGCGCUUCCUCAUCACCGGCGUCCGCGUCGGCGGCGGCGUCGUCGUGAGCCCAGCCACCAGCAGCGGCAACGGGAGCAGCAGCGCUCCCGACAGCUCCGGCAACCCGACGACCUUGCCCGACAAGGCGCGGCCAUCGUCGUCGGUCAGCGCAGCGGCGGCGACAGAGGGCCUUGGCGGUCAGCAGUGGCCGUGGAGUGAGUUCUUGGCAGACGACGUUGGCGUUGGGAUGGACCAUCCGGACCUGUGCUGCCCUGCCGAGAUCUCCGAACCUGGCUCGUCCAGCCUGACGGGAUGA